AUGCCAGCACCCCAUGUCAUUCCUGUUCUUCAGUGUACUGAUCGAAGGACCCACGAAUAUGUUCAUGAGAAUGACAGCUGCAACAGCAGCCAGCGCCGUGGACACGACAAUUUAUGCGUUUGCCAGCACCGAGUUCGGGGCGGCAUUGCUCGUGUUUGGGGCAACGACGAGAACCUUAUUGAAGUGGGGUUCGCAACCAAACGAACCACCACCUUACGUCCAGAAGAGACUCAGGAGGAGGCAGUCGCUCCUGUGGAGAGCCUACAGCAAGACAUUGCAGAUUGCGACUCACUUGUCAGUGAGGACGAUCGGGACCCUGCUGUUGAUGACGCAGUUGGCGCAAUUGUCAGUCAGAGAAUCGUCCGGGGCGCCACAGACAGAACGACGUCGGUCCGAUCAGGACGACCCAUUCUUGGAUCAAGAUCCGGAGACAGAUGA